AUGUACGCCGCUCAGAAUAUAACGCCAACAGUUUUGGAUGCCAUGAACGGAAAUGUUUCCGAAUGGUAUAACGAAUGCGACAAUGCCAUUAGAAGGUCAGAAAUAGUUCCUGGAACUUACGAAUAUACAACUGCUGUUUCUUAUGGAAACGUAGGUGAGUUUGGAGAAGGUUCUUCAACAACAGUAGAUAUUGCUUGCGACAGGUUUCAUAUUAUUUCUAUUGACAACUCAUUCUUAUACGUGGAACAAGACAUUGAAAUAAAACCUUCUGCCAAGUUGUCUGACAAGAAAGGUUGCAAUGGAAUUUUCUAUGUCGGAUACCAAUAUGCUCCAGAAGUUUUCAUGGGAUAUAAGAUAUAUUCUAACUCUGACUUAGUUCAAACAGUAACAUGGGCAAACUAUGAAUGGUUCGCUUUGAGAAACUCAGUACAACCACAAGCUAGAGAACAAACAGACCAGUAUGCCACAAUUGAGAAAAUAAGAAGACUUGACCCUAACGUUCCAGGAGUUUAUGUUAACCUUUCUGGACAAACUGCAGCAGCAGUAACCAAAGUAAAACUGAAACUUAGAGUUCCUUUGUCAUCUUUCCUCAUCUUCAGGUUUUUAAGAUACUUGCCAAACCGGGCAGGAAAAAUUUCUAUCGAACUUACUCCAAGCAAAAAUAACUUAGUCAUUGCACCAACACAAGACCCAUUCACUAUUACAGACGUAAAGGGAACAAAUAAAACGUCAUUCGCCGAAUUUUGCAAAGACAAAGUUGACUUAGACUUUGGUUUCUCAAACUUCAACAAUGAA